AUGACGCAGAUGUGUGUGGACGUAGGGGUUAAAUUGGUCCAUCCGCCACCCUACUCGCCGGACUUGAAUCCGAUUGAAGAGUUUUUCGCUGGGCUCAAAGCGUUCAUUAAACUAUAUCCCGAUCAAGGCUUUGAUGCCUUUCUUAGAUGGUAUAUUGAUGUGGUGGGUCAAAAGAAGAGAGUGCUAGAGGCCAUUUUCAGCUCGCCGGCUUGA